CGCGGCGGCAGGUGAGAGCGCAGCAGCACAUACGCAGAACGGCAGAGUAGCGGAGCGGAAAGGAGCCAUGGGAAAGCUUCAAGAAUUUGACAUCACUUUUACCAACAACAAGGUCGUUUACAGUCCGGGAGAAUCUAUAAGCGGAACUGUGAAAAUACGAACCGGCCACGCGCUGCAGUAUAAAGCCAUCAAGGUGAACUGUCAUGGCUCAUGUGGAAUCUCCAACAAAAUGAACGACACCUCGUGGAGUUUGGAGGAGCAGUAUUUCAACAGCAUGCUGUCUAUUGCAGACAAAGGAACUCUGGCACCAGGCGAACACAGUUUCCCUUUCCAGUUUCUCCUUCCAGCUGCUGUUCCCACUUCUUUUGAGGGACCCUUUGGGAAGGUUAUUUACUGUGUGAAGGCAGCCAUUGACACACCGCGUUUUUCUAAGGAUUACAAGAUCCAGAAGUCCUUCUACAUGCUCAACUUGCUCAACCUCAAUGAGGUGCCCAACAUUGAAGAUCAGAGUUAUGCUGUGACCACUAAGAAGUUCAGCUACCUCCUGGUGAAGACAGGAACCCUGAUGCUGAAAGCUCGUAGUGACCUGAGGGGUUACGUCCCUGGUCAGGUCAUUAAAUUAGCCACUGAGAUCCAUAACAAGUCAGGGAAGGACACUGGGUGUGUGCUGGCCAGUCUCAUACAGAAAGUGACCUAUAAAACCAAGAGGCCUGUCUUUGACCUGCGGACCAUUGCAGAGGUAGAAGGAGCCGGAGUGAAGGCAGGAAAACACGCCGAGUGGAGGGAGCAGAUCAUCGUCCCUCCUCUUCCUCAGUCAGCACUUGCUGGCUGCAGCCUCAUAGACAUUGACUAUUUCAUCCAGGUGUCGCUAAAAUCCCCAGAAGCCGUCGUCACUCUGCCCAUCUACAUCGGUAACCUUCCUGUGAACUUGUCUCCCUCGAGGCCUAUACCCACCAGUCCGGUGGCACCCUGUGCUGCAGGGGUGACACCCAGCGCACCACCAGCAGAGGAGGAGCCAGAAGACGAUCUGUGUGCAGGAGGGAUUGCUAGUGAGGAGAUUCCUACCAAAAGUCACUCUCAGCAGGACUCCACGGGGCAGCCGGUCACGAUGUCCCCCAGCGCUUUCAGCCACGCACCGGGCGCAGUGCUGCCUCCCGGCCACAGACGACUCGACGCGUCCGCUCCGCUGUUCUGUGUUUCCACUGGAGCCACCAUACCUUUCUUCACCGAGGGAGAUGUGACUCCAGUCCCUACUUCCUGUUCGCUCAUUCUCCCUCCAGAGUACAGUAGCUGUGACUACCCUCAUGAGCCUCCACCCACUUACGAGGAAAGCUGCAGCAGCGUAAACUCAAGCUUUAACAGCGGACAGUAGAAAGCAGAGAGAUCGUGAAGCAUUGCACCCACCCACAUCUGUCUGCACUCACCUCUCCACAGAUCCAGGCGUGCUGGAUGAAAAAGGAUGAACGAGAACUCUAAAAAGGGAUUAUUUCUUAUUGUUAUAAGAAUUUUAAUUUCACCUCAUGUCCCACAGAUAAUGUCAGACAGAACAGGUGAACAUCACUGUGCCUAAAAGGAGUGUUUGGAGUCAUUGCACGGCGCUUAUGAUGUUUGGUUGGACAUCUUCGAUUAUUGGAAUAAGGAAAACCUUUUCCUGUGAUUCUUUUUUUUCUUUCAACAAAUUGUUGCAUCUGUGAUGCCUUUAAAAUAAUUUUAGCCACUGAUUUCUUUUGAAGAUCUUUCAGUCUAGGCUUGUUUUUUUAGUGUAGGUCUAAAUAUGCCCUUAGUUGUGUUUUCAUGUCUCAGCUGUCCUCAUUAAAGCCAUGUGACUCUAUCCAUUCAUCCAUCUCUCUGUCUGAUAGCAAGGUGGUGCAACAACAACCAAACUAAACGGCGAAGGGAAGAAUCUUUAAAAUGAACUUCUAUGUGGAGGAUAUCGCUGAUUAUUGCAUCUUUUAAAUAGCAUCACAAGUUAUUUUUAAUUUUUGCAGUUAAACCAACUUUUUCCACUUUGUUUUUUUAAGAGCAACAUAUUUGUUUGAACAACUUCAAACAGUUCACACACGUUUUGUAACAAACUGCAUUGAAUAGAAAUGGACAUAUUUUUCUCUGUGCCACCACCUUGUGUUGGUUUUAGGUUUUGCAUCAGUUAGUGGUAGCUGGGAUAGGCUCCAGCACCCCAGUGAUCCUGCAUUGGAAAAAAAACACAGGUAUAAAAAAUUAAUGGAUGGCUGGUUUUCCAUCAAUACUACUGUAUUCACAGGGUCAUUUAUCUGCGUAUGAGCCUCAGCUUUCCUGCAGCUGGGCAGCGCCCUCUUGUGGUGAAAACUGAAACAAACAUUAUCUCAUCUGGGGGCUUAACACAGUUAUCAAUCAUUCAGACUGAUCCCUGUCGUGCACCAGCUGACGUCUGCAAUUGAUGUUAUCAAAUUAAGUUCUUGGCUGUUGUGUGUUGUGUUUUGUUUUAGCUCUCUGGAUUAAAUUGAGGGUUUUCAGGGUUUUUUGUCAUUUCUGUUGCCUUAAAUUUACAGUAAGUAGUGUCACAUUAGUGAGAUCAGUGCAGAUGAUGACAGACGUGCACAACACAGCACUUUUUAACAUCGUGAGGUCAUGCAUUUUGAGCAAACACAUCUACUGCAUGGGUGUGCAUGUAUGUCAUAGUGUGUGUGAAAUCAUUUGUACUCUAACAUAACUUCAGAUCUACUGAUUCAGUAUGUGUUGAAAUGUGUGCUGGAUACUCUUAACUUUUUCUUUUUGCCUGUGUACCACAGCUAAGUAAAACCACAGUAACCAUGAUCUAAACGGACUGUCUCUGCAAACUUCGUACAUUAUUUAUAGACAAAAAAAGAUAACUAAAGUUUUUGUUAUGCACAUAUAGUUUAUCUAACAUAAUUCCUUAAAGGGGGGAAAAUCAGUUUUUUUGUCUGAUUUUUUUUGUUAGAUUUUUAACAUUUGUUAUAUUGUGUCAUUGAUGACCAAAAUUAUUCUUGUUUAUGUUGUGAUGAUUUCUGCCAUAUCACCAAGGCCUGCUGUGUUAUAAAAGCAUUUAUUGUCCCCUCGUAUGUGGGAAACUACCACUGAGAAUCUCAAGCACAACUGCUGUACUGAAUGUUCUCAUUACUCUUUAUGUGUGUCAUUUUCUCACCAUUAAAUUAUCAAAAUCCAUGGUAAAAACAGUCAAAUUAGAUGCACAGAACGAUAAACGAUCACAGGCGCGGGCUUCAUAUGUUGCCACAUGUUUCAGGAUUUUUUUUAAAAUUUGGUUUUCCACAGGCAGACAGCUUUGUCGCCCUACUAACAAUGCUGUGUCGCUCCAUUAAUGUGACAACAUGCCUUAAACGACCUGGAUUCCUGACGCCUCUUGCAUGAGCCUGUUAUGGACCUGUUUCUCUAGAGGACAUCUGGUUGUGCUCCUCCUCUUUUGUCUUUACCGGACUGUGCCAAGUGCACUUGAUGUAUACAGAUGUAGCUUCUAUAAAAAACAGUGAGACACUGGACCUUCAGAUCUGUAAAGUUUUUGUAUUCUUGUUUUAAAAAAAUAAUGUGCAAUUCCUCUUAUUUCCGUGAGCACUGCUGCAGCAGAAGCUCCCUGAACUUUUUUCAUGUUGCCUUUUUUUCAGUCCUCAUUCAGUUGAUUUCUGCACCAAAAGGUACUAUAGCUUUAUGGAACCUCAGUGUUCUGUUUUUCCCUUCAUUCUUUUCCCUUCACAUACUGAUGAGUGGUGUCUUGAUUUGUAUUUUUCUACUUGAAACCGUUUACAGGUGUAGUAUGCAUAUACCAAUAGUAGGACCUUGACCAUUACAUGUAAUGUUUUAAGUUACAGUGCAGAAUCAAAGUUGUACUGUAAAAUAUGAUAAUAAAUGAUAUGACAUG